AAAAUCCCAGUAAAUACUCAGACCAGCCCGUCUGGCACCAACAACCAUGCCACGUUCAAAGUCACUUCAAUCACCUUUCUUCAUCAUUCUGAUGCUCCGUUUGAACUUCAGCAGCUCGUCUUCACCAUGUCUACAUGACUAAAUGUUAAUGAGCUGCUGACACCUGAUUGGCUGAUUAGAUGUUUGCAUUCAGGAGCAGUUGAACAGGUGUACCUAAUAAAGUGGCCGGUGAGUGUAAAAGGACAUUUAAAACAGUUUAAAACGUGGCUUAACUCAUUCAUAAAAUCACAGAAUUGUAAAACUAUAAAUCAUAAAACCAAGUGAGAUUCUAAAAGAGUUGCAGCAGCAUGUCAGACCUGUGUGACGAAAGUCAGUUAAAGACUAAAGUGAACGAUACCUUUUUAGUUUUCUUUUUAAAAUAUUUAGCGAGCUAGCUUCCCUGAUAUCUGUUGGUUGUGUGUUCAGUAGCUUUGGGGCAUAUUUGACAAAGGCUGCAUCCCUGAUAAUCUCCCGGCUGUUGCUUUAAUUUAAAUGUACAGUCAAAUAUUUGACGGUGCAGCUGUGUGGGCUCGGCUCUCUGUCAUCAGACAUACAGGUCGACUCAACAUGGCUGAAACACACAGAGUGACGGCGCAGGGCAGGAAGAAAUGGGCCAUUCCACAGAGAAGUGCGACUCAUGAGAAUAAACCGAGUGUUCGUCCUCCUGACAACGAUGCCGAGAGAAAUCUGGCGGUUCCUUUCAGAGGUCACAUCACAGGUGGGAUGCGGCCAGGGAAGAAGGUUGUGGUGGUGGGUGUUGUGGACUCCUGUCCGGACAGGUUCUACAUCGCCCUGACAUGUGGUCGUGGAACAUCCAGGGAGCCUCCGCCUGAUGUGGCUCUGGAGCUGUGUGUUCGAUUCAGGGACCGACAAGUCCUGCGCAGAGCCUGCGUGUCCGGAUCCUGGGGAGACGUCGACAGAGCCGUGCCUUUCUUCCCCUUCAUCAGAGACCAGCCGUUCAAGAUUGAGAUUCACUGUGAGCAAAGUCGGUUUCGCGUGUUCGUGGACGGACAGAAGCUGUUUGACUUUCACCACAGAUUGACGUCACUCGGCGACAUCGACACGUUAUGGAUCAAAGGAAGCAUCACCAUCACUAAACUGGCUUGAAAUAAAGACUUCAGUGUUCAAUACUCUGCACACGAGCCUCUUUUUGGAAGAUGUGGAUCUCAAACUGUUUGAGUCAUCACUUUGUUGAGUACAAACCUCCUCGUCUGAACAUGCUCUGUACUCACCCUUUAUAGUGCCAAAUGUUAAACAUGAGGAGAAAGUGAUGUAAAUAUGAGUAAGAAAUAUGUGUUUUAAGACCUACUGAAGGAAACUGUGUGGGAACUGUCAUUUGUGACUGUGUAGGAAUGUUCGCCAACCUCCCCAAAAAGUCUCAAGAACAUUUAUAAUUUGUAAUUGUGAUGCUGUUUAUUGUUUUGUUGUUGUUUGGUUUCUCUUUCUGUCACUAGAGGCACCAUUUUUUUUAUAACAUUCAGCCCACAGGACACAACCACUGCAACUGUAUAUAUUAUAUGUGUCUCCUACAAAUAAAGGCAUUGAUUGGGAUUAACUGAAGGCGACAGAGGCCAUGGGUAAGAUUGUUUUAUUAAUAUAUGUAUAUUUUUAAUCAUAUUUUGUGAUAAUGAAUAAACAAAGCAAAGGCCCAUGUGAUCUGUAUGUGACGACUACCUCAAACCACACAGUGACGUCCUGCUGCCGUUCAUAUAUAAAAGACUAUGCACAUAAUUAUCUUUAUGAGAAAUAUAUGAUUCUGUUUGAACUAUUUUUCUAUUCAGUGUGUGCCUGUGAGUCUUUAACAUCCAAUGAAAACUGCUGUAAUUUUUUAUAUUUUUCAAAAUAAAGUGAUUAAUGACAUUCAAAAAUGUCACAUUUCUCUGAAGUAACGGUAAAAUAAAGUAGAAAUGGUGUGGUCUGAUGUGCAUGUCUGCAACCAACCAUUAUUUUCCUAAUUUU